AUGGCGAUGCUGUAUCUUCUUCUGCUGCUGCUGUUAUCAGUCCAGAGCAUAGCACAGCUUCAACCUCGCAGUCGCUUCACCGGCUACCUCAGCCGUAGAUUGCCGAGGUACCUCCCUGCCUACCACAGCCGCUCGCUCAUGCCUGAUCUACCGGAGCGGGAUCUGGAAUCUGAUCGCCCGCCAGAGCUCCUGCCAGGGCGCGGGACAAAACGGUACUUGCCACCGGCCGCUGGGCACGCCUCAUCCGACGGGUGGGCUAGUCUGGCUGGCUUUGUUUUUUUGAGGUAUGUUUCGACGAGCAUACGAGGGGAUUGCUUUCUUGGUAGACGCAGGAGAAGUUCACAGAACACAGAUGGAAAACUAUUGAUAGCUUCUGACUCGAAAUGA